UGGUAGGAAAAAAAAGCUUCAGUGUCUCAGACUGAGAGCAAUCCUGAAAUAAGCCCCUCUGCAAGCAGCUCUUCGACCCAAGACUCAGACAGGGGUCCCUGUGAGUCCCCCCCUUCUUCUUUUUCACACAUCUCCAGGCAACCACUGCUACGCUGCCUGCACAGCCCUUGCCUGGGAGUUCUGUGCCUUCUUCCCCAAGGAGUUUUGGCUGAGCUGCUCUGGAAGGCAGAGAGGACCCUGCAUUCCUGGCAGAUGGAUUCUCCUCUUCUCCAGGGUUCACAGCAGCAUGAGGCUGAUUUCUGCAUGAGGGAGAGACUUUCUCCUCCCCCCCAUCUCAUGGUGAAAGAUUUCUCUGGUCUGUUCCCCAGAGUCCUUUGCUGCAGCUCCCUGCUCUUCCCUUCCCUGGGAUGCACUGCAGUGAGAAGCUCUGAUGGACAGCAGAGAAACUGCUCAGCCUGGAGCUGUGAAUCCUCAUCAGGACCAUGGGAUGCAUUCCAGUCAUUUUUGGCACAUGCUGGUUGCUGGAUGUCAGCAAAGGCAAGCUCUUAACUCACGGAUUAGAGAAAAUCCCCAACCUUAUCCUCUCCCAUAGUCUCAGCAGAGGGGUUAGCACCAAAACCCACCAUGCAGCCAAGCAUCACCUCUCCAACCAUGCAGACAACUUUGUCAGCAGUAGUGCUUGGUGGGCCAGAGCGCGGGCAGGGAGAGCUGUUGGUGACCCACAGAGGAUGCUCCCCUGCAUGGCCCUGAAGCUCCAUCACCACAAGCACAGGUGCUGGGACUGAUGCCUGCACUGCUCCAGCCUUGUGGCCUGGGGGUUUGUACACAUGGGUGUCCCAGGAGCCUCCUGUUCUUUUGAGCACACUGAGAUUGCUCCAACCAUCACUGCAGCCCAAAAGCCUUUCCCAGCAGCUACAGGCUUUGAUUAGGGAAAAGCGAGUCCGCUCACAUGCUCAUUUGAGAACGUUGUGCUCCAGGGAGUGAAAACAAUGUCAAAAAGCCGAGAAAUAGGGCAGAGGAGAGGGAUGCUUUUCAUCGGCCCACGAUGUGCCGUGUCUCUGUGAGCAAGCAGGUCCUCACUCUGCACACCUUGCAGCCAGCUGCACUCUGUAGCUCCUCUGCUGUCAUGAAAAGCACAUUAUCUGAUCGCUCCUGGGGAGAAAUUGCUGAGAAAUCUGUUACCAAGGCUUCCAGAUGCUCCAGUUCAACCCGCUUCAUCUGGAGCUGCAACGCUGACAUACUUAAAAAGGCAGCUUUUCAUUUCUCAAGCAUCUGUUUAAUCCCACCUGCACGUAACCAAAAUAUUUCCACUGCUCCUUCCUGUGGUGUCAAGCCUGUGUUUGCCGAACAGCCUCAGAAGCAGCAGCAGGUUGUGGUUACACAAAAUCCACUUUUCCAUUUGAGCCCCCGAGUUCACGGAUGCAGAGGAUUUGGGAAUCUGCGAUGCAUUUGGGAACAAAAUUAGCCACAAAGCUGCUCAGAGGUGGGAGGGAGGAUAGAAAGCUGUCUGUGCUCUCUCUGAAUUGAAAAGCAGGUUCUCGUUUUGUAACUGCUUUUUGUCCCCAUCUGAAUACCUCUGGAAGUAGUUUAGGAGCGGCAGUGGGGAUAAGGUGUUGCUGAAAUAGUGGAGCGACCUGCUGCAGGGAUGCACCAACCUGCCCUGUGCUGGGGCAGGAAGGGAUGGGGGCACUGCAGGCAUCACCAGGAUGAGGGUCAGGGAGCCAGGGAAGAGGAGAACACAUGGAAAGCAAUUGAUGGGGUUUGUGCCCUAAGGAAGAAACAGUGCUUCAGCUCCUGGGAGCACACAGACAGGGCUCACGGGGCUGACACUGAAGAGGGUCUUCACCCAUUCCCAGCUCAUGUGCAGGUAGAAAAGUGGGAUACUGAGUAGCCCCGCUGUGCCUUCAGCUGCUGUUUCUGCAAGUCACUGCGCUCAGAGCUCGCCUCAUUUAUUAGAGGGAUGUUGCUUGUUGUUUGUGUACCGAGCCAGCUAGAAAACAGCUUCUGCAGAAGAGGAUAAUUGCAGUCAGAUAAGCUCUUCAGAGCCGGGAUUGCAAAAAUAUGAUACAUUGUACACAAGCUGUCCUCCAGAUAAACCAGAAAUCUGGCUGAGUUCUGGGGUGGGAGUGUGAUUCCUGGCCCACAGCGGACUCCUUGCCCAACUUUGGGCAACCACUGCCCGACACCCAGCUCCCUGCUGAGACCAGAGGUGACAGCAGUGGGUGAUGUGCACCAGGGGACUGGGUGUCUGUGGGAACAGCAGGGGCAGCCCUGCUGGGACAGCCCCGAAGUGCUCCUUCUGUCUGUGGGAUUUCUUUCCUACUGGUUGAUAUCACUCCAUGUCACAUAUGCUGCUGCCAGGGGCUUGCCCGCCCAGGCUGGAUGCUGCUCCUUCUACACGACCCCAAUGAAGUCACAGAUUUGCAGCAAGCCUUUCGCAUGCCAUGCGUGUUGGAUGGGCUGGUGGCAAGACUGAAGGCUUUGGAUCUUGUGUGCAUCUCUCCUGCUCCUUUGGGGACCCCACUGAGGUGAGAACGGGACCCUGGCAAGAAGGGCAGAUCCAGCAUUUGGCCAGGACUCCUCUUGGCUCCGUGCCCCCAGAAACGUGACUCACAAGUCUGGCCCCGCAGGAUGGGGCUGACACUGAGCCCCCCCGGGGAACAUUGGUGUCCCCAGGGCAGGAGUGGAGCACGCACAGGCUGUUCUAGAGUGCACCAAGCCAUAUAAAGGCAGAGCUCUGCGUUUGUCCUCCUUUCAGCUCUUCCAGGCGAUGAAAAGGACAGCUCACAGCCCUAAUUAGCUGGGACAUGCUAAUACUGCUGAGCUUCCCUGGCCAGCACACUUGGCACGAGCAGCGUGGGACAGCUUCCAAACAGCCGCUCAGGGGAGCACGUGCCUGCAAUUCAUUAUGAGCUGAGCAGCGUUUCCUUUGCCUGCACUGAGGAGUUCAGAACUGACACGAGAGAUCUGGAGCCUGCAAAUCUGUUUGGAAACCCAUCUGGGGGUGGGGAGGGAGGAAGUGCUUUAGAGGGGUGCCCAGGGUGCUCCCUGGGCUUUAGAGGUACUUCAGGGCUAACAUUGGGCUUUGCACUUCCAGUCGCUGCAGCCUGUAGCUGCAGCUUCCCAUGGGGAAAACAUUACAGUUUUGGGGUGACAUUUGCUCUGGGUAAGAGACAUACAGCCUUCUGGGACAUCAUUUGUGACACCAUUUGCAGAGUCAGCCCUGGUGGUGGGAGAGAAGGGAGAGCUCUGCAGGGUUCCCAAGGCAGAACGCUGGCUUAUUCCCCUGGAAGAGGAACCUGCACUGCUCCUGUUGUGCAUACAUCCACUGGUGAACCUUGAGUGGGUAGCGAAGGGCUCCAAGAUAGAUCAAUUCCUCCCCAUGGUAAGAUCAUGAUGGGAGCAUCCCAAAGGUGAAAGCCUGCCCUGGGCUCGGCUUCAGCCAGGCUGCCUUUGUGGCACCUGCAUCUUUCUGAGAUAGCAAAACCAAAGGGAACACUUGAGUCCAAUCACUCAUACUUUGCAUGCAAUGCUGCACUCAGAGGUCUUCUUCUCAUGUGGUCUUCUACUGAACAAUCCCUUGGAUUACGAGGAUUGCAUGACAGUAAAUGAGUUCCCUCCAUCUCCGCUGAAUGGUCUGAAGAUUUUCAUAUAUGACAUCUGGGGAUGCUGUGCAGACCUGGGCUCUGUGAUCCUCCUUAAUGAGAGCAAUGAUGGAGCAAACAGUCUGGAACCAGCCAGAGAAAGGCCAUGUGGGGCUGUGCUGUGACUGCAGGGCUGAGCUCACAGCUGCUGUGUGCUGGCCAUGGAAUAUGGAUGAUAACCCAUAAAGCACUUGAGCACCUUGAGCAGCCAAGCCUGUCCGGCCAAUUUUGCAAGGUGAGCUCAGGAUGACCUUCCCCUCAUCCCUGAGGUCAGAAACACUAAAAACAGCAGGGGAACAUUAAAGAGCAUCACCUGGGGGCCAGGCAUGGGGCUGGCUGAAGGGCUCAGGCACAGUGCAUGGCAGGGAGGGAAAGCUGCUUUGUGCUGUGUGUGGAACAUCAGAGGGCUUUCAUGCACAGCUCAGGAUAAACAGGCAAACAAGAAAUGCUAAUAUUUGCAGAAUCUCCUGGUGGAUGGCGCCUAGGUGCAGGGAGCUGCAGGGUGGGGGUGGAAUGCAGGCAUGGGGAAUGUCACAUCGUGGUGUGGCAGAGCGCCUGGCAGCCCGGAGGGGUGGUUUACAUGGGGCUGGGCUGGGGAGUUCAGCAGCCAUGUGGAUCUGACCCUUAGAAAUGAGUUCUUUGAGCAUCCCUGGGGAAAACACCGUGAGGCAGCACUUGCGAUGCAGGACCUGCUUCCCACAUGCCGUCAGCAGUGUGCUGUGUGCUCAGCUCUCCCACAGCCCAGUUCCACAGUGCAGAGUGUGCAGCAUAAGAUAGAUUGGUCCACACUGACCCCAAGCCAGAUGGUCCUGGACACAGGUGGGACUAAAUGACACCGACAUUUCUUCCAUGCCAUGACUGGGAUGGUUUGAGCAUCCACAGUGUGGGUUCUGCUUGGGGCCAUGGGGCAGCUGCAGUGCACACACCUCUGGUCUUGGCAUCAUUUGGGUGGUAGAUAGUCAUGCAAUGGUGGAUGCCCCAUCCCUGGGGACAUUCAGUAUUGGGCUGGACUGAGCUCUGAGCACACAGCGGAGCUGUGGGUGACUCUGUUCAUUGCAGGGCAGUUGGAUGGGCAGCCUUUAAGGGUCCCUUCCAACCCAACUAUUCUGUGAUUUGGGUCUGGGAAGAAAAAACAUUGGCAAAUAACGUCCCACCAUUGGGCACCCUUAUCCUCCAGCUCUUUAUCCAAAGAUAUCUUAUCUCCGAGCAUUGCUUCAUUUCCUGCUUGCUUUUCCAUCCGAGCCCUUUAAAUCAUGUCCCUGCAGCUGAGGUCACACCGUGUUCAUUAUGGGGCUGUUACCUCCCUUCACCUCCUCUCUCUCCUCUCUCUAUUCCCUUCCUGCUGGCUGUUCUCUGCCCCAUGUGCCAUAACGCAGCUCCGCCGCCGGCCCGUCCCGCUCCCACGUCACCGCAUCACAUGCCGGAGCCCGGCCCCAUUCCGGGGCUCAGCUCCCGACCAAUGAAUGGCGGGGCGGGCUGAGCGUUCGCACGGUGAUUGAUCAAACCGGACGUCAAUCCACGCGGGGCCGAGGACUCAAAGUUGGGCCGGGUCGGUUCGUGGGGUCCGGACGGGCUUUUAGGGCGCUCAGGUUGCCUUGCCCGGCCUCGGAGGUAAAGGAAGGAAGGAAGAAGAGGGGCCUUGUAGGGCGGCAGCGAUGGCAGCGGUCGGCCGUGAGCACAGCCUGCGGGAGGAGCUGACCUGUGCCAUCUGCCACGAGCUGUUCGAGCAGCCCGUGAUGCUGGACUGCAUGCACCACUACUGCAGGGCCUGCAUCCAGCGCUACUGGCACAGCACGCCCCGCGUCGCGUCGUGCCCGCAGUGCCGCCGUGAGUUCCCCCGGCCCACGUUCCGCACACACCAUCUGCUGGCCGGGCUGGUGGACAAGGUGCGGCUGUGCGGCUCCCGGGAGCACCGCCACCACGUGCAGAAGCGCCUGGAAGAAGCUUUACAAGCUCAUCAGAAGGAGAUGGAGAAGUUCUUGCAGCAGAAGCGUGCAGUGCAGGGAGAUAUCUGCAGCCUGACCAAAGCAUCUGGGGAGCUGAACUUCAAGAUCCGGGCACAGUUCACUCGCCUGCAUCAGAUCCUGGAGGAAGAGGAGAGAGCUGUGCUGGCACAGUUAGGUAAAGAGGAGGAGCAGGCGCUGGCACGGCUGCAUGGGGAUGUCCACCAGCUGGAAGAAGGAAUGGCAAUGCUGCGGAGAGACAUGGAGCGCUUAGAGCAGACCCUGAGCAACAUGGAUGAGGUGUCAUUGUUGGAGGUGGAGAGCCUGGAUAUCAGGCCCUCAGUGAGUGUCAAGCCUUUGCCUGCCUUUGACCUGCAGCACUACCGGGACAGCCAUGGUGGCCCUUUGCAGUACAUCUUUUGGAGGCAGAUGCUGCAGUCCAUCUGCCCUGUUCCAGCCUCACUCACCUUUGAUCCUGAGUCAGCCCACCCCAACCUGGUCUUCUCCAGAGACCUGACAGCAGUGACAGAGCGGGAGAGAGCCCAGCCCGUCCCCAGGAGCCCCCGGCGCUUCCAGCAGUGUGUCAACGUCAUGGCCUCACGCACCUUUGACUGCGGCCAGCAUUACUGGGAGGUGUGGGUGGGCAGCAAAACCAAGUGGGACCUGGGGGUGGCUGCUGAGGCUGUGAACCGGGCAGCGAAGGUGAAGCUGUGCCCAGAGAAUGGCUACUGGACGCUUCGCCUGAGGAACAAGACGGAAUACUGGGCCACUGCCACCCCCUGGGUGCGCCUGUUUCCCAAGCAGCCCCCCCGCAAAGUGGGGGUCUUUUUAGACUGCCAGGAGGGCACCGUGGCUUUCUUUGAUGCCCAGGACAUGUCCCAUCUUUUCACCUUCCACGAGGUCUCAGCAGAGAGAUACUGCCCCUUCUUCAGCACCUGCUUCAGUGAUGGCAGGGACAACGUGGAGCCCAUGCGCAUCUGCCACCUGGCUCUGUGA